AGGCGCCGCUUCGGCCUCUCUCCUCCACUCCACCUGGGCAGGGUCGCGGGCGAGCGACCGAGGCCCAGGAGCCAUGGGUGACUGGGGCUUCCUGGAGAAGCUGCUGGACCAGGUCCAGGAGCACUCGACCGCGGUGGGGAAGAUCUGGUUGACGGUCCUCUUCAUCUUCCGCAUCCUCAUCCUGGGCCUGGCGGGCGAGUCGGUGUGGGGCGACGAGCAGUCCGAUUUCGAGUGUAACACGGCCCAGCCGGGCUGCACCAACGUCUGCUACGACCAGGCCUUCCCCAUCUCCCACAUCCGCUACUGGGUGCUGCAGUUCCUCUUCGUCAGCACUCCCACCCUGGUCUACCUGGGCCACGUCAUCUACCUGUCUCGGAGAGAGGAGCGGCUGCGGCAGAAGGAGGGGGAGCUGCGGGCGCUGCCACCCAAGGACCCACAGGUGGAGCGCGAGCUGGCGGCCGUGGAGCGGCAGAUGGCCAAGAUCUCGGUGGCGGAGGACGGCCGCCUGCGGAUUCGCGGGGCGCUGAUGGGCACCUACGUGGCCAGCGUGCUGUGCAAGAGCGUGCUGGAGGCGGGCUUCCUCUACGGCCAGUGGCGCCUCUACGGCUGGACCAUGGAGCCCGUGUACGCGUGCCAGCGGGCGCCCUGCCCUUACACAGUGGACUGCUUCGUCUCCCGCCCCACCGAGAAGACCAUCUUUAUCAUCUUCAUGCUGGUAGUGGGAUUGAUCUCCCUGGGGCUCAACCUGCUGGAGCUCAUGUACCUGCUGUGUCGCUGUGUCAGCCGGGAGAUAAGAGGAGGAAGGCAAGGCCACGACGCCCCACCAGCCCAGGGCAGCAGCUCUGACCCGUACUCCGAACAAGCCUUCUUCUACCUCCCCAUGGGCGAACAGCCCUCGUCCCCGCCGUGCCCCACCUACAAUGGGCUCUCAUCCACCGAGCAAAACUGGGCCAACUUGACCACAGAGGAGAGACUCGCCUCUUCCAGACCCCCUCCCUUCCAGAAUCCACCCUCUAGGAAGUCCCCUAGCCGCCCCAGCAGCUCAGCUUCCAAGAAGCAGUACGUCUAAGGGCCUAGGGUUCAUGUCACUCAAGAGAACUCCUGAGAAGUCUCUCUGCCUUGGAUGCCCCCCCCCCUCGGCCCCCAAGGCUCUGCAGAGACUGGGUGGGGAAAGUGGACACUUGCUCACCAUAGAGCCUGAUUGCAAGUGGUUAUGGAAUACCUGAGGACUCUGUGGUGACCAGAGGGCAUAAUAGCUUCUGUCUAGGUUAUGACUGUGCCCGGACAUGGACAGAGCUGGCUGGCUGGGGAUGCUCAUGGUGAAGGGUGUUGUGGACUCUCUGACUUUUUCAGCUGACUCAGAGGCACACAGAGCUAACUUGAUAGCUCACCCCAUCCUUAUGGAAGAGUCACCUCACUGGGUUGUCCUCACACCUUCUCCUCACAGGAAAAGGCUGAUCCAGGCUGCUGGCUCAGCCUUGGGCAGACAGCCUGUGCUGGAUGGGUCUGGCCCUGUCCUGGGGACUGGUUACUGCCUUGUUUCAAUCAAUUCUUCCCAGUUCCACUGUUGAUGCUCCGAAAAUAAACAGGACUCCAUCACCA